ACAUUACUCUCACUUUCACUCCUUGUUAAAAGUAAUCUUUUAUAUCAAAGAAAUGUCCCCAAGACAAGAGAAUGUGGCUCACGCCGACGCCGCCGGAGGAAAGAUUAAGGAGGUGCAUUACAGGGGAGUGAGGAAGAGACCAUGGGGAAGAUAUGCUGCUGAGAUCCGUGACCCGACAAAGAAAACUCGGGUUUGGCUUGGAACCUUUGACACGGCCGAGGAAGCUGCUAGAGCCUACGACUCCGCCGCUAGAGAGUUCCGUGGUUCCAAAGCAACAACCAACUUCCCUUUCGGCGACGGGAAUGCUUUGGCGACGCAUGUGACGGGAAGAGAGGAGAGAUCUCCUUUGGUUUCUCGAAAGAAUGUGUCUGGCGUGUUGGCUCCGACAGCUGUGGAAGCGGUUACUAGAUUUUUCUUAGAUCUCCCGCAUGCUAGAGAGGACCUGGUCCGGUUUGAGCCAGUCGAAAUGGGAUUGAGUAUCGGUCAUGAAAUUACCGUGGGAGUCAAGAGGGAUGCGGCUGAUUAUAAGCUGCGAAGGGAUCUGAAUCUAGACCUUAGCUUAGCUCCAUCGAUGGACGUUUAGAUUUUAUUUUUAUGUUUUUUUGUACUGGAGCUUAAUUUUAAAUUUAACAAGAUUAUCCUUUUUUCAGUUUGUCUUGAAGAAAUACAUUUUUGUCAUUUCUUUAUUGUGUCUG